UUUUAACUUCGCCUUUAGGAACACCUGUCGUCCCGGCUUCCGUUGCGUGUCCAAUAUGGAAGAACUGGUGGUGGAGGUCCGUGGCUCCAACGGAGCUUAUUACAAGGGCUUUGUCAAAGACAUCCACGAUGACUCUCUCACCAUUGCCUUUGAGAACAAUUGGCAGCCAGAACGCCAGGUGCCCUUCAGUGAUGUCAGAUUACCACCACCUGCUGAUGUCAAGAAGGAGAUUGGAGAAGGCGAGGAGGUGGAGAUACUCUCCAGAGCCAAUGAACAGGAGCCUUGUGGAUGGUGGUUGGCCAAAGUUCGCAUGAUGAAGGGCGAUUUUUAUGUGAUCGAGUAUGCGGCUUGUGAUGCAACUUACAAUGAGAUUGUAACGUUCGAGCGUUUGCGACCGGUCAACCCCAACAAGGCCGUUACCAAGAACUCCUUUCACAAGUGCACUGUCCCUGUCCCUCAGGAUCUACAGGAAGCGUGCCAGAGUGAAAACGCACACAAAGAUUUCAAGAAAGCAGUGGGAGCCUGUCGAAUCUCCUACUGCCCAGAGACCAGUGAGCUGCUGAUCGUGUCUACCAACGAAUCUACAGUGAAGCGUGUGUCUUUGCUGAGUGACAUGCACCUGCGCAGCCUCAGAACCAAGCUGCUGUUGAUGUCCCGCAACCAGGAAGCCACAAAACACCUGGAGACUUCCAGGCAGCUGGUAUCAUCCUUCCAGCAGGAGUUUAUAGUGAGACCAGAUCUGAUGGGUCUGGCCAUCGGCAGCCAUGGCAGCAACAUCCAGCAAGCACGGAAGCUCCCAGGUGUCACCGCCAUUGAGUUGGAUGAAGAGACUGGUACCUUCAGGAUUUAUGGCGAGACGGAGGAAGCAGUAAAAAAGGCCAGAAACCUCUUGGAAUUUGUGGAGGAUUCAGUCCAGGUGCCGAGGAAUCUUGUUGGCAAAGUGAUUGGUAAAAACGGAAAGGUGAUCCAGGAGAUUGUGGAUAAAUCUGGUGUGGUGAGGGUCAGAAUAGAAGGAGACAACGACAACAAGCAAGCCAGACAAGAAUUGACACAGGGAAUGGUCCCGUUUACCUUUGUCGGUACUAAGGAGAGCAUCGGCAACGUUCAGGUGUUAUUGGAGUACCACAUCUCCUACUUGAAUGAGGUUGAGCAGCUUCGUCUGGAGCGGAUGCAGAUUGAUGAACAGCUGCGUCAGAUCACCCAGGGUCACCGACCAGUCGAUCGGGAGCGGGGCGACAGAGCAGAGCGAGGAGGAGGAUAUAAUGCAGACAACAGCGGCAAUACCUCCUCAGCUUCCCUGCGUGGCAGCCGCUCCUACAACAGUAGAGGGCGUGGGCGGAGAGGCCAGAAUCACAACAGUGGAUAUGGUGCCAACUCGGAGCAUUCAAAUGCCUCAGAGACUGAUUCAGAGCGCAAGGAUGAGCUUAGCGAUUGGUCACUGGCUGGAGAGGACUUGGAUGGGGAGAGGGACAGGGGCCCUCGACCACUAAGAGAUGGCCGCAGGAGGCCAGGACCUGGCGGUGGUCGAGGAGGCCGUGGAGGAAGAGGUAGAGGAGGAAGAGGAGGAUAUGGCUACAGCUCUGGGUCCAGGGACCACGAGAACAACCACGGCUAUGGAACCCUGGAGACCAACACCGAGACAGACCAGACGGCCGAUACAGACGCCAGUGAGUCCAACCUGCCUGCCAACCGUCGUCGAAGGUCAAGGCGGCGCAGAACGGAUGAGGAUGCCACCCUGAUAGAUGGCAUGAGCGAGUCUGACAACGCCUCAGUUAGCGAAAAUGGAAUCGAUUUGACAGAAGCAAAACCACAGCGUCGCAAUCGUAGCCGCCGCCGCCGCAUGCGCCUGCCUGAGGAGAGGCAGCCAGUGACUGUGGCAGACUACAUAUCCAGAGCUGAAUCUCAGAGCCGACAAAUGAACACAAAGGAUCCCAAGAAAAACAAGGAGGUGGUCGAGGCCAUCGCUGAACACAGUCCACAGUCUGCUCCGCCAACCACCAACGGUUCUAAUAACGAAGUGUCUGAUGGUCCCGGCAACGGUGCAGACCAGUCUCAAAAAUCUUCCACCGAGAAGCCCCCUAAAGUCUCCUCCUACGAGCGGGACUCUAACCCUCAGCCCGUUGUGAACGGACUCUCUUAGUUAGGUCUGAGCAAAAGAAACGGUUUCAAAUAUUUAAUCGACUCUGGUGACAUUUGAUUGAAUCUCCAUAUCCAUGUAGAGGCAUCAAAUGGUAAUCCUAACAUUUAAACACAACAAGCACUGUUCUUUUUUCUACUUAACAAAUAUUUGAAGCCUGUUCUGCAGCAGAUGUUUUAGAGCUCUGAACCGUAACCUCCCUUUUACAUGUUUAUCUGUGCAACUAUUCAUUUUCUUACAGUUUUUUCACAAUAGUUCUUCCAAUCUGCGCUUGCCAAAGAUAGUCAAACACACACACACUCUUACAUCUUGUACAUAAGCUGUACUUUUAGUCCUCUCUAUAUUAAGAGCUGGAAGAGGGGUUGGACUAAAAACAGUAUUAACACGAUGCAGACAGGGAUUCCAAUCAAACCCAUACUCUGGUAUGAAUACAGCAGUUUUUUAUGGUUCGAAAUAUUGUAGCAGGGUUUUAGUAUGAAGUCUGCUAUGUAUCAGUUGAACAGCAGAAUAUUUGGGGUGGGUGGGUGGACGGGAGGGGAGUGUUUUGUGCAUCAAAUUAAAUGUUCUGCAUGAGAUGUACCACAGUGCAGGAUUGCUGAAAGACCCAAGUGUGACAUACUUGUGAUCAGCUAUUGUGCCUUGAGAGUAGACUCAACACGUUGCUGCCUGGUUCUGCACUCCGUCUGAAAUCCCAUUUACAUAUUUCUGUGCAACGUGUGUGCCCUCACCUACCACUAGUCAAACCCGAUAGGACGUCUCAGUGUGCUUAAUGUCCUCUUAAAGAGUGAGUGAAGGCACCCAGAACAUACAGAAAUGAUUUCAGAGCCUUCCUUUAAAAUCAGAUGUCUGCUCGUUUUGUUGUUGGGAGGGAUUCAGUUGUCCUUGAAAUAUAUACAUCUUGAGGAUUUUAUUUUUGACUUUAGCUGCUUCCUGUUCUUUAAUAUGCAACCACUGCGAUCAUAGGAGAAAUGUUUUUACCGCAGAUCUGGAAAAGAAAUGAGAAGAGUUGUUUUUGUUUGCACUGAAGUGUAACCUUUUUCCUCUUAAAGCUGAUUGUAGUUUAGUCUGAAAACUGCUCUGUUAGUGGUGGGCUUUCUGGGAACAUCUCAUUUACUCAACCUUGGGAAACAUUGGGCCGGUUCAUCAAAUACACAAAAUCUGAGUACUGUAAAUCAGGGAAAAAAAAA